AUGAGGCCAGAUCCGGACUCGCACAGUACCACUCGCUCUUUCACCCGCUUUUCUCUACUUCCUCACGACUUACGUGUCGAUAUCUGGAAAAUCGUUACAGUGCAACCUCGGAACCUUGACAUCUGGCCUCUCCGGGUGGGGACCUUCAAUUAUGAUCGAGAAAUAGAGGGGCAAGCUAGAUAUGCGACAUGGCGAUAUUUCACAACGCAGCCGAUUCCGGCAGUUCUUCACACGACACGAGAAUCAAGAGAGAUUGGCUUGAAACAUUACUCCCUUAAUUUUAGAUCCUCAAGCCUUCAAGAUGAGCGUUACGGACUCAAGGUCACCAUACCUCCAAGCAUCUAUUUCAACGUGAGAUAUGAUCGCGUUUUCCUGAUGGGCGGCGUCAAUUCAGACGAUGGUGGAGGGGUUGGUUGGAGUUCUACAGUAGCAGAGACCCUGAAAAGACGCGACCGUGAAUUUGCUCAGCAGGUUUUUAAUAUUCCUGGCAUCACGGUUGCCACAGACGUCAGCACUUUCUACCUGGGUGCUCUGCGUGGGAUAUCCUCAGAGCUUAUCUUGCAGAAGCUGGACAAACAGAAAGAAGUCCUUUUCUUCUCCUGCGUUCGUGAUGUCAUCGAUGAAGUCCACGCCUCAUCUCAUCCUGCUGUCCUCGAUUGUGUCGAGCUUGAGGACAGUGCCAUAGGCGGGGAUCUAACACUUCUGAGCGUUUUGAAAGAAAGGCUCCCUGAAUUUCUGGACGAGGAAAGACAAAGAUGUUCCACCAUUGCCGGGAUCGGAGACGGCCAAACAGAUUCACAGCCCUGGGUUGGGCCAAGCGUCAAGUGGGUGACUCUGAUGGUCAACGGAGCAAAGGUUGGACUACAGUAG